GUGCUCUUGGAAAUUGAUUAUUGAAUAUAACUGUAGCGAUUAAAAGAGAGAGAGAGAGAGAGAGAGAGAGAGAGAGAGGGGAAAAAGUCGUAUUGAUGUUCAUGUUCGGAAUUUUGGAAGUAUUUUUAGACUGACUGAGGAGAAGUUGAGAAGCUAGGCGGUUCACAACGGCUAACGUUCACGCGCUUAGCCGGUCACGUCUAAAUCGCUCGUAAAACCUGUCAAUUUCGCUGGUUUAUCGCGGUGUUUGAGCUUUAACCACACGUUAUUCCUCUCAGCUUUGGAUAUCUGAAUCAGGAGACACCGAGUGGGACGCGUUGUGAAGAGGAGAAGAGGCGUGUAAAGGCGCAGAGAUGACGGGGAAAUCAGUGAAAGAUGUUGACCGUUAUCAGGCAGUUCUCUCAUCACUGCUGUCGCUGGACGAAAACAAGUUCUGCGCUGACUGUCGAGCUAAAGGUCCCAGAUGGGCGUCCUGGAAUUUAGGAAUCUUCAUCUGUAUCCGCUGUGCAGGAAUCCACCGGAAUCUCGGCGUUCACAUAUCCCGGGUCAAAUCUGUUAACCUGGACCAAUGGACACAGGAGCAAAUUCUGUGUAUGCAGGAGAUGGGGAACGCCAAGGCACGGCGCCUCUACGAGGCCUUUUUACCCGAGUGCUUCCAGCGUCCUGAGACAGACCAAUCAGCUGAGAUGUUCAUCCGGGACAAGUAUGAAAAAAAGAAAUAUAUGGACAAGUGUAUUGACAUCCAGACAUUCCGAAAAGAGAAGAGUGAGACAGUAACAAAAGAGCCACCUGUUGUUUUUGAGAAGAUGAAGCUGAAGAAGGAGGAGCCUCAGCACUACAAGAGUAGUCCAAAGAAGCAGUCUCAGUCAGUAAAUGAUCUUUUAGGACUAGACACUCCUGUUGCGUCUGCUCCUGUAGCCAACGGCAGUGCCAGUCCUGAGCAAAGUGUUGCACUGGAUCUGUUCAGUUCCCUGCCUACAGCCACCUCACAUUCAGCCAGAAGCACACCUGGCUCCAGUUCUGUGUCCAGCUCUAUGCCUAAAGGCCGGGCUGCAGCAUCCGUACCGGAGAACCUGAGCCUCUUCCUGGACCCGCCCUCCAAAAACGAAGAAAGCAGCAAAAAGCUAUCCAAAGACUCCAUCCUGUCACUGUACAGCAGCGUAACACCUCAGACCAACAUGACUGCUAAUGCUGGCAUGUACAUGGGGGCAGCUCAAAUGGGUUAUGCCCCUGCACCUGCCUAUGGGCACUACCAGGCUCUGGCCACACAGCAAGGAAUGAUGGGAACCAUGAUGGCCCCUCAGGUGAACAUGCUGGGGCAGCCAGGUGUCAUGGCACCAACAGGACUGGCCGCUCCAUCUCCGUAUACGGUGGGAGUGCAGGGGGGCAUGAUGGGAGUGCAGGGGGGCAUGAUGGGAGGUGUUGGGGCACUGCCACAGCAGGCGUACACAAUGCAGCAGACGCAGCAGCUGCAGUGGAACAUCACCCAGCCAGAUCUACUGUACAAAAUGAAUCAACACCAUCUGACCAAUCGGAAUCAAGACUUCAACAAGCACUGCGAUGACUCACCACAUGGCGGGUAUGAACGUUCACGGCCAGAACCGCAUGAUGGGAUACGGACAGCCCAUGGGCGGAGCCUCAGCUCCCAGCACUAAUCAAAUGCUCGGCUCUCACGUAUGGAAGUGAAAGCAUGCCGGGUUUAAAAAAAAAAAAGUGUAGGUUUUUCGGGAGCAUCGCAAUAAACUGUAAUGGAAUAAAGGGAGGCUUUUACAUACUCUUUAUCUAACAUUCCUUCAAUGGCAAAGAGGAAAUGUUAGUUUAGAGGAUCAACCUCAAGAGGAAGAGUUUCUACCUCCUGCGAUAUUUUUUUUUUUUUUUUUUUUUUUUUUUUUUUUCUUUUCUUUCUUUCUUUCUUUUUCUUUUUUUCCCAGACAUGAUGUGAUCCAAGAGUCCAGCAUCUCUCUCUCUCUCUUCUCUUCUCUUAGCAGCUACACCCCAAACACAGCAGCUCUCCUGAGCUCCACCCUAAACCCCACCUAGCGUCCUUCACUCCCUCAGACGUGCAGUAGCUGCGACUUUUUGUUUGCAUGUAGGUUCUGGGAUUUCAAGCUGUUCUUGCGUUUUCUUUUAUUUCACCGUUGUCUUUGCACUGUUACACUUCGUGGUACACGCUUAAUAAACCUGCAUGCACUGAUUGCUAAGCUUCACACAUAAAAAAAAAGACACUGAGAGACUAUAUAAUGCAUCAAGACGUAUUUGUCCAGCAUACACCUCAAGUAAUGUGAUGCUGCUGUUUUGGUCCUGGUGUUCCUGUCAAUAAUUAUUUUAUUUUUUUUUUGUUAUUUUUUUUUUUUCCUUUUUCCCGGCUGCUGUCGAUGUUGAAGCCUGUAUUAGACAGCUGGAUUGUUGUACUCUAUGUACCUUUUCUCUUCGUGUAAUCUAGGGUACUGUGAUGGAGCGGUAGUCCAGCUACUCUCCUUCUUCCCACUCAGGAGGGAAAUCUAAGAGAUGGAUUCUCAUCUCAAACUGAGAGAAAUCAUAGCCAAAGAAUGCAGAAUUAUUCAUUUCGGGGAAAAAAAAAAAUGUAUAAUGCUUGCAAGAACAGUUUUCUGGUGACAAGCUAUUGAUUAGUCCUGUGAUCUAUAAAUGUAUAUCUGAUGUAUGUAUAUGUGCUCACCUCAAGCUCUCAAUGCCACAUUUGAUUGUAUAAACACUGUAUAUAGGGUGCUCUCCAACUUCUGAGGGUCAGAUUUAAUGUGACUAAACAGCAGGGUUUGAAUCGUUUAAAUCGUACCUCUCGGCUUCAGUCUGUACAGAGACCAAAUGAAUGUUUCUCACUCACGUCCCGUGCUUCAGAUGGCCAUCGUUUUGUUCACGUGGUUGUUUUAGGUCACUGAGAUCCGGGCUAUAUUUACACGGCCUUACUUUGGCGAGGAACGCACGCCUCUGAUGCAGAGAUGUUAACUGUAAGGCUCGUUAACGCGCAACACGUGGGUCUUUUACGGUACAGCUUCUCUGAUCAUGUACUGUGUGAGACGCGAUCACGUGUAGACAGACGUCCAUCUUGCAAUUGCAUGUUAAUAGAUUUCACAGGAACAUGAAUGUGAUAAGGGAUUUUAUUUUAUUUUUUUAAAUAAGAUUUGGCAAUAUUUAGCUUCCACUGUGCUACACAUAGCAAAAAAAAAAAAAAUCUUUCGGAUAUUAUUGUGAGUACAUCUCUUGCUUUCAUGUUGUCUUUCACUCUUCUUUGAGAAUGACGCUGUGUAAUGUUGAAUGCUUCGUUAAGCGGAUUUAUUUCUACCACUAAAUGUGAAACCUUGUAUCUAUACACAUUCCAUGCUAUAACCCCCCCCCCAAAUAUCUUGAAUAUUUUACUUCCUUAUAAUCAUCAGGAAGUUAUAAAGGGAAAAAUCCACCCAGAACAAUUUCCGUGUAAUCAUGGGAUCUUGACUGGCUUCCAAGUUUGAUUUUUAUACUGAAAUUCUGAGUUGAUCUGGUCUAUUUUCACUUUGGUUACAGGUUGCAUAUGUUACCCACAAUACCAUUUAACGACCCACUAAUAGCGAUAUCUACGUAAAAAAGAGAGCAGUGCGGCAGCACUUUUAGUUCUUCAAACCGUCUAGCUCGAUCACUUCACCUGUACACUCUGCUCAAUCAGCAGUGACCUCUAACUAGAGAAGCCGAGUCUCUGCUCUAACUCGUAAAGCGGCCACGUUGUAUAGCCGAGUUGCAUUUUGGGGCUUUGAAUCCAGCUUUUGCUGCCUCCACUAAUUCUGUGUUGGAUUUCCACAUUAAUGCGAAAUUGAAUAAUAUAAAAUCCAACCACUGACCUCUCAGAUUAGCACCAGAAUCUCUAAACACAUCACAAAUAUUUCAAUAGAAACACGUAUUUCGGGGUGGAGUUUUCCCUUAAGGCACUUUGUUAAAGAAGCAUGCAUGUCUGGCUGAAUAAUCCAACACUGUUCGACCAUCACUGUUCAAGUUUCUAGGAGAAGAACUUACAGAUUGGUCAUUAAAAUGAUUCCAUAAGCAAACGACAACAUUGUAUUUCUGAAUGGCUUGGCAUGUUCAUCGGCCACUGAAUACUGAAACUGUUCAAAAAAGAGAUUGUGCUGAGCUUGUCUGAGAGAAAAUGUACCUUUUUCUGUGUAAAAACCAUAAAGCAAUACUGGAUUAGCAACAAAAGAUGGUGUACGCUGUUGCAUCAACAAGUCAAUGGAAUAGAAAUCGAACACUAUCGGCGGGAUUACUGUUGUAUCCACACGGUUGUAUCGAGUAGGUUGAAUAUCAACAACACACAACAUAACACAUCGCUUUUCUUCUUUACUUUAGAUAACUUAAAAUAAUGUUUUGUUUGUGGCGGAAACUGGUUUGUACCGUUUUGAUGUACUUGUAUUAAAGGUUCGAGGGCAGUUCAUGUUCAGUUAGAGGGAAUCAGUCUGAGGUAUGCCCUUUUCCUCUUUGGUGUACUGGUGCUAAUGUUCGUUAGGAAAGGACCGAGGCAUUACAGAUCAUAUUUCCUUCUCUGUGAAUUCUCAGUAGCAGAGCGAAGCAAAGACACUGCUGCAAUUCUUAAAGUUUAAUCGUCAAGGUUCAGCGUUAUAAACGCGUACAUUUUGUGGGUAACUGAAUGUGUAACGCUUAAUCAUGCCUGCUUCCUUUUGAUAUGUUUUAGGGUUUUCCAAACGUGUAUAUUACGAAGGCUGAAUUAAAUAAUAACGUAAUAAAGAAAUGUAUUUUAUCCUCA